CACCAAGCUUCUGAGAGUCCGAGGAACAGAACAACACUGGAAUUACAAUGGAAGAAGAGUCAGUGGAGACACGGGGGCAAUCAGAGGUGGAGAAGGUGAUGAGUGAAGUACACUUGGGGUGCCCACCUGGUUUCUCUGGCCCUCAUAUUUCCUACUUCACCUUCUCCAUCCCACAACCUGGACCUGGAUUGAUUGAGCCCAGAAGCUCCAAUGACGUUUCCCAAGUUGAAGACGCAACUACUUCCAUUUCCACACAGCAAAACAUAAGUUUUGAUGAGGAUGGCGAUCUCAUUCUUCCUAGACGAAAAACCAAAUUAUCUAAUCAAAGCUAUAGCGUGACCAUCCAGCAUAGUAUCACAUCAACACUACCAAGUGUUGGUUUGCAGGUGUGGAGAGCAGAACUUGUCUUAUCUGAUUUUUUAUUGCAUAAGAUGUUUACAUCAUCUGAGCUUGAUGGAGUUGUAUCACUAGAACUUGGUGCUGGUACAGGGUUGGUGGGUAUACUACUAGCACGUGUUGCUAAAACAGUGUUUAUAACAGACCAUGGGAAUGAGAUCCUUGGCAACUGUGCUAAAAAUGUUGGGCUUAAUCCUGAACUCAUCAGUCCUGGAACUACAGUCUAUGUACGUGAACUUGAUUGGAUGAAUCCCUGGCCCCCAAGAUUAACCAUAGAAGAAUCCUCCUUGGGUAAAACUAAAAGGUAUUCUUGGACCUUUUCAGAAAUUGAAAUAGCCCAUGAAGCUUCUUUGCUUGUAGCUGCAGAUGUAAUCUACAGUGAUGACUUGACAGAUGCAUUUUUCAGCACUUUAGAGAGACUAAUGUCUCUCGGUUCCGAAAAGGUGUUAUUCUUAGCUUUGGAAAAACGCUACAACUUUAGUCUUCAUGAUCUUGAUGUUGUUGCAAAUGGUUAUUUACAUUUCCGAAGUUAUUUGCAGUCGGGAGGGGAUUGUGAAGGCCUGAAAUGUGGUCCAAUGCCUUGCUUUGUAGGCAAAUGCAUAGACAUUACAGAGAUUCCGCAAUAUUUGAAAGACGGUUACAACUGCCAUGAGCCAAGGAGGUCAUAACAAUCUCUUCUUUACUUCUUCCUCAUCGCCAUCAAUUCCAAUUGAAGCAUCCGGAGGUUUUGGAACAAGAAGCAAUUUAUAUCAAGACAAUCAUGGUGACAUGGUGGAGUGGUGGUGGUGGAGGGAGGGAGAGUGAAGAAGAUAAUUUUGGAGGAGGCAGCAGCUGUUGGGGAUGGAGCCAGAGGAAGAAUAAAAGGAUUUUAGAUGUUGGAAAAUAAGAAUAAAAAAGGAGAAAUUUAUUAGGUUAUGAUUGGAAAUGUCCGGCAAAAAAAAAGAUUAGAAAUAAUGAGUGGCCGAACAUACGUGGUCAGCCAAAUAUUGUACUUUUUUCUUGAUGGUUCAUGUGAUUAGAAUGAACUCUAGCUACCUUUUGGUGAAGUAUUUUGUGAGGAAAACUUAUUAGUGAGAUGUGAUCCAAACUG